AUGAUGGGCGGCGUCUGCGUGCACACGGGCACGGUGCCCUCCAAGACGUUCCGCGAGGCCGCGCUGCACUUGACGGGGUACCGGCACAAGGCCUUCUACAACGGCCAGGCGGGCCCGAGCAAGCGCUUCGGCGUGGAGGACAUCCUGCAGCGCGUCAAGAAGGUGGAGGACGCCGAGACGGACAUCACCCGCCACCAGCUCAUGCGCAACGGUGUGCAGCUCAUCAACGGCACGGCCCGCUUCCUGCCGGGCAACAACCACAUGGUGGCCGUGCUCUCCAACGAGUCGUACGAGACGGCCACGGACGCCAAGCGCCACACCAGCGCCGACAUCUGCAAGCGUGUGCUGACGGCCGACAAGUUCCUGGUUUGCGUGGGCACGCGUCCGGCGCGUCGCCCGGACAUCCCGUUCGAUGGCGAGACGAUCUUUGACAGUGACCAGCUGCUGUGGGGCAAGGUGAAGACCGUCCCGCGCCGCCUGAUUGUCGUGGGUGCCGGCGUUGUCGGAAUGGAGUACGCGUCGAUGAUGACGAUCAUCCCUGGCACGGACGUGACGGUGAUCGACGGGCGCCAGGAGAUCCUCAACAUGGCGGACAAGGAGGUGUCCGAGGCGCUGUGCUACUCGAUGGCUCAGACUGGAACCCGUUUCUUGGUUGGCGAGACCAUUAAGAGCGUUGAGAAGACCCCCAAGGGCGAGGUUUUCGUGCAUCUGGAGAGCGGCAAGACUGUGGUCGGUGACGGUCUGCUGUACACGGUUGGACGCCAGGGCAACGUGGAGGGUCUGAACCUCGAGGCAGUCGGACUCGUGCCGGACAAACGCGGACGCAUCAAGGUGGACAACAACUUCCAGACUGCGGUGCCUCAUAUUUAUGCUGCAGGUGACAUCAUCGGUUUCCCGGGCCUUGCCUCGACCUCGAUGGAGCAGGGACGUCUUGCUUCCGUUCACAUGCGCACGUCCAAGCCGCUGAACAACAAGGAGCUUUCUGACGACAAGAAGAUGGAUGACCCGGACCGCGUGCGUACUCGUAUGCGCUCGGGUGAAGUGUUCCCGUUCGGCAUCUACACCGUGCCGGAGAUCUCGAUGGUGGGCAAGAACGAGCAGCAGCUCACCAAGGAGCAGGUCCCGUACGAGGUGGGCAUGGCUCGCUACGAGGAGCUGGCCAGGGGUCAGAUGCUGGGCGGUUUGCCCGGUUUCUUGAAGAUUAUCUUCUGCCCCGAAACCCUCAAGAUCCUGGGAGUGCACGCGAUUGGCGAGGGUGCUACGGAGAUUAUUCACAUUGGCCAGGUGGUCAUGUCGACGGGUGGCACCCUGGAGUACUUCCGCAACGCUGUGUUCAACUACCCGACGCUUGCGGAGGCGUACCGCGUCGCUGCACUCAACGGCCUCCGUAAGAUUGACCGCUUGCAGGACGAGUAA